AUGUUAAUGCACCCUGCUCAACCAAUCACGAUAUAUGACGUAGCGGAACUAAUUGGUAAAGCAUUCCCGCAGGCCUUUACGCCUUUAAAUAUUCAAAAGGGAUUCAAAGUAGCAGGUCUUUAUCCUUUUGACGAAAACAUUUUCCAAGACCACGAGUUCUUAGCCAGUUAUGUAACAGACCGUCCGUUAAUUGAGAAAUCUAAUUCCAGUAGUGAUGCAUUACCAUCCGCAAGUGCGGAUGGAUUACCAUCUACAAGUUCAGAUACAUUCUUAGUUUCCUGUACUUCAUCGGAACAAGAUCAGUCAGUCAUCACCCCUGAGACAUUGCGCCCAUUCCCUAAAGCACCUAUGCGAAAGAGAACUGGUGGUCGUCCAAAAGGCAAGUCGCGUAUUCUUACGGAUACACCAGAAAAAGAGGAAUUAGAACGAAAACGCGAUUUGAAGACUAUUAAAAAUGUUACCAAAAAUUUAUCAAAGAAAGAUCAGAAAGUUAAAGUCACGGUGAAAAAAAGAGCACUUGAUUCCUCCGAAAGUGAGUCAAUUCCUUCAUUAUCUUCUGGAGAGCAUGAAACUUGGGAGGACAUUAUCUCUGAAGAUAGAGAAUGGCUAGAAAUUGGUACUUUGCAACAGUUAAAUGAAGACUAUCAAUUUGAUAGAGGUGAUUUUGUACUGGUAAAAGUAUCAGGGAAAAAAACAAUAAAAUACUAUGUUGGUGAGAUCAUAAGCAUAGGCGAUGAAAAUGAACUUAGGUACCUGCGGCGAGUUAACAACACCGAUAAAUUUGUGAAUGAUUCUGCAGAGACAUACGACUUUUGUCCUACCGACUUAGUUUGUAAGCUACCGCAACCGAAAACCCUAAAAGGGACUGCUCGACAUAGCUCACUAUUAUAUUUUGAAGUUAAUUUUGACAAUUAUAAUGUUAGUUAA